AUGACAAAGAAGGACACGAUAAAUAACUUGUAAGUAAAUUGUAUUGUUUUGAAGCUUAAUAUGAUUAGUUUGUUUAGAUUUUUUAAAAUUUUUGAUUUUGUAAAAAUAUUAUAUAAAGUGCAAAAAAACUAACUGUUUUCAAUAAUGUUAAAACUAUGUAUCCUUUUUUAACAACGUUCGGAAAUUUUUAGUGCACCCAACCUCUCCUCCAACUCUUUGGAAAAGAAACCAGUUGAAGAUGGAAUUGACUAUGAGCGACAUCCCGAAGCCAAAGGCCAAAUCAUUGACGGAGAGUACGUGAAAGACAAAGGCAUGAACUGGUUUGUCGCUGCACUGUUUCUGGUUGGUGAUAUGGCUGGUGGUGGGAUUGUGGCACUACCGACCGCCGUACAACAGUCCGGUUUUAUACUCGGCUGUACGUUAUGCAUUAUUAUGGCAAUUGUAGGCACGGCAUCCGCCAUUUUCUUGGGAAAAAGUUGGGAGCAUUUGCCGGUCAAAUGGCCAGAAUACAGGCUGCAUUGCCGUAAGCCAUACGCUGAGAUUGGCUACAGAGCUUUGGGACACAAAGUGAGGUAGGCUUUAGCACAUAACAUUACUGAAUUUUUUUUUAAAGUUACAUUUCUAAAAAUUUAAUGAAAAACAUUCAGAACAUUUGUGUCCGUUUGUCUCAACAUUACGCAGUUUGGUAUUUGCGUAGUAUUUCUACUGUUAGCCGCUCGUAACAUUCACGACUUUAUCUACUCGUUUUGGCCUGGCGUGCCUGGACUUUGUUAUAUCAUUAUCAUCCUUGGAAUCGCUUUAUUGCCUAUUAUAUUUUUGAAAUCACCCGAAGAUUUUUGGUGGGCAAUUGUUGCCGGUAUGAUGUCGACGGUUGUUGCCGUAUGUUUGAUUAUGGUCGGAGCCAAAAACGACUACGAAGUAUGUAAUCCAGAACGGCACGAACCUACGUUUAACAUCUUCAACUUGUUUGUGGCGUUUGGUACAGUUGUGUUUACAUUUGGAGGACAUUCGGCUUUUCCGACUAUUCAGCACGAUAUGAAACGGCCGUCGCAAUUUACCAAGAGUUCAAUUGUUGCAUUUACAAGUAAGUUAUGGUAGUGUAGGGGAAAAUUUUAAAUAGUAGGGGAGGGGGGGGGGCGGGGUAUACAGGUAACUUAUAAAAUUGGUAAAACUUUUUUUUAAAAUUUUAUAAUAUAAUUUCAGCAAUUUGUGUAUUUUACGCGCCUGUUGUAAUUAUUGCUUACUUGACAUACGGUGAUUCGCUACGUGAUUCCAUCAUUCCUUCUAUUCAAACUUCAUGGAUUCAACAAGCUGUCAACAUGAUGAUUGCUGCCCAUUGUAUCUUAACGCUAACCUUGAUGAUUAAUCCAUUGAACCAGGAAACUGAAGAAUUUUUCGACAUUCCUCAUCGUAGGUUAAUAUAAUUUUUCUGUAUAUUUAAGUUGCUGAGAGUGGGAGGAGGGCAAGGAUUUUUUUACAGAUUUUAUCAAAGAUACCGUAAUUUACUAAAUGUUACAAAUGAACUAAAAUUUUUCAGACUUUGGAGUUAAGAGAAUUACAAUCCGAGCAGCUAUGAUGGCCGCUAUUGUUUUUACGGCUGAAACUGUACCAAAUUUUGGUCCUGUUUUGAAUUUGAUGGGUGCUUCUACCGUGACCUUGACAUGCGUGAUAUUCCCCAGCAUUUUCUACUUGUAUAUUAAAGCCAACGAAAAGAAAUCUUUGGAAACUGGCCGAGAAGAGUUGUGCACUUUUUCCGAGUACGUUUGUCUAAUUAUGAUUUUAUAUUUAAACCACGAGGAAUGGGGUGGAGAAGAGGAUAGCGGGUUUUAUUUUAAAAUUGAUCUGAGUUAAUUAAAAAUUGUUAAAAAAUAGUAAAAUAUAAGUUUAGAAUGGUCGAACGAACAGACAAAAAAGUUUUCGUUUUUUGUACCUUCAUACUUAUUGUCGGCUUGAUUGGUGGGGUAUGUGCAACAGUUUCGGCUGUAAAAGAAAUCACGACGACUUCAUUCGAAGUUCCAUGCUACUUGCGCAACUUCUACGAACAAACACAAAACAGUACGGAAACGUCUACCAAUUGUUGUGGUAAAUUCCAGAACAUUACAGUAGGCGGUCAAGAAGUGUCUGGUUACUGUAAUAAGCCAAGUUUGGAGUUUUAUGGACACUGGUUUGACGGGAACAUUAAUGAUGUGAAAUCACAGUUUGACUAA